ACUGACAGUUACUAGCAGUCUCCACACUACCAGUAAGUUGACUCACUGUACAGGACCUCUCUCCUUCAUUUCACUUUACUGCAGGGUGGGAGACGCAACAAUGGCCUUGAGAACAGCAGGAAGUGUGUUGGUGGUCUUUCUCUGGUCUGUAGCAGUGGUCCUGGGUCAGUAUGGCUGGAGUGUGACAUACACCCCUCAGAGUAUCUGUGCCUUGAAGGGGUCAACAGUGCAGCUGUCCUGCUCUUACAGAUAUCCCAGUGGUACAGUCACAACAACCUUCGGGUUCACUAAAAUGUAUGCUGUGGAGAAUUAUGUGAGUCUGAGUGAUGACCCAGACUAUAAAGGUCGUGUGACGUACCGUAGUGAUAAGAAGAAUGUCCACACCCUGACAAUCACAGACCUGAGAGAGAGUGACUCAGCUACGUACAAGUUCAGAUUUAUAACAGAUCAGACCGGAGGGAGAUAUACUGGUGAUCCUGGAGUCACUCUGUCUGUCACAGCUCUGCAGGUGAAGGUGACUCCUUCAAGUUGGCAAAAUUGGGUGACACUGACCUGUAGCAACACCUGUCCUCUGACUGACAACCCCAAACCCACCUACAUCUGGUACAAGAAUGGACACAAAGUAAAGGAGGACUCUUCCAGCUCGUACUCAGACUACUUUAGUGAUGCAGACAGUUACUCCUGUACAGUAAAAGGCCAUGAGGGUCUCAGCUCUCCUGCAGUGUAUAAACCAAAGAGCACCUCAGUGUCAGUCAGUCCCUCUGGUGAAAUAGUGGAGGGCAGUUCAGUGACUCUGACCUGCAGCAGUGAUGCCAACCCACCUGUGCAGAGUUACACCUGGUGGUACAAGAAGAAUGGAGGUGGCUAUCAGAGUAUGACAGGACCACAGCAUGUCUUCAAUCAAAUCCAGUUAUCUGACACUGGAGAGUACUACUGUAGGGCCCAGAAUGAGAUGGGGACAGACAGGUCUACGACCAUCAACAUGGAUGUGAAGUAUGGCCCAAAAAUCACCUCAAUGUCAGUCAGUCACUCUGGUGAAAUAGUGGAGGGCAGUUCAGUGACUCUGACCUGCAGCAGUGAUGCCAACCCACCUGUGGACAAAUACACCUGGUACAAGAAUGGAGCUUCACUGACAGGAUCUGAAAAGACAUACAAUUUCACAACCAUCAGCUCUGAGGACAGUGGAGAAUACUACUGUGAGGCUGACAAUAAAUAUGGACGCCUCAACUCUUCUUAUGUGUCUGUGGACGUUCAGUAUGGCCCAAAGAACACCUCAGUGUCAGUCAGUCCCUCUGGUGAAAUAGUGGAGGGCAGUUCAGUGACUCUGACCUGCAGCAGUGAUGCCAACCCACCUGUGGACAAAUACACCUGGUAUUUUCAAAAUAAGACUUUUCAAAAUGGAUUUGGAAAGAUCUACAACAUAAGUAACUUCAAGUCUAAGGACAAUGGACAUUACCACUGUGAGGCCUGGAAUGGAAGAGGGUCUAGGAACUCUACAGCUCUGAUGAUAACUUUACCAGGGAAACAAACCUCAGUUAUGACUGCAUCUGUAGGAAUCAUAGUUGUUGUUCUGGUUCUCAUCCUCUGUCUCUCUGGCUUCAUGUGGUUCAGGAAGAAGGCCUCCAAAUCCACCUCUGACACAAGAGACACAUCAGAGAAUGUAGAGGGAGACUCUAGUCCAGUGUAUGACAACAUCUCAGGCUUUGUCAUGACCCCUACUGCAGCACAGACAGCUGACACAGACUAUCAGGAUGACGUUCACUACACCAGCGUCCACUUCUCUCGCUCCAAAAACCAGGAAGUGCCUCUGUACUCCACCGACCAGCUGCCUCAACCCCAGAAACAGGACAAGGAUGUCCAGUACGAUGCUGUGAAAUUCAACAGCCCCAGUGCUGCCACCCGACGAGCAGCAGCACAAGUGGCUGAGGAGGACUCCUCUGUGAUCUACAGUACAGUCAACAAACCCAGAACCAAGAAGACCUGAACACAACAAACCCAGAACCAAGAAGACAUGAACACAACAAACCCA